AUGGAAGCCGAUAAAAUUCUUGAAAAGGUCCCUGAGAUGUGCAAAGAGUCUGUCAAUAAGGCAUCUGACGAUGAAUUCGUCAAGGAUAGCACCCCAGUGAAAGGAUAUGACUUUAACAAAGGAGUCAACUAUGAUGAAAUGUUUAAGAUGUACAAGCAAACAGGAAUUCAGGCUACUUCUUUGGGUGAAGGGAUUGAUAUCAUUAAUAACAUGAUUAAGUGGAGGCUCUCUGAUGAAGAAAUAGCUGAGGAUGAAGAUGAUGAGUACUUGGACCCAGAGGUUAGGAAGAAUACUAGAUGAACCAUCUUUCUUGGAUACACCUCUAACAUGAUUAGCUGUGGUAUGAGAGAGGUCAUUAGGUAUCUCUGCCAACACAAAAUGGUAGACUGCAUAGUUACUACCACUGGAGGGAUUGAAGAAGAUUUUAUCAAAUGCUUCAGUGACUUCUAUAUUGGUGAUUUUAAUCUUCCUGGAGCUAAGCUCAGAGAUCUCGGGAUCAAUAGGAUCGGAAAUAUGUUGGCUCCAAAUCAAUGCUACAUUGAUUUCCAAAACUUCUUCAUUCCUUUGAUUAAAGAAUUGCAUGAAGAGCAAAAGGAGCAAGGUACUACCUUCACUCCUAGCAUGCUUAUUAACAGGAUGGGUAAGGCCAUCAAUAAUGAAGAGAGUGUUUACUAUUGGUGCUGGAAAAAUGAUAUCCCAGUGUUUUGCCCAUCAAUUACUGAUGGAGCUGUUGGAGAUAAUCUCUUCUUCUAUAACUAUAACCAUCCAGGGUUCGUUAUUGACAUCGUACAAGACAUUGUGAAAAUUAACAAGAUAGCUAUGGAAGCAAAGCACACUGGAAUGCUAAUCUGCGGUGGAGGUCUUAUCAAGCAUCACAUUUGCAAUGCAAAUAUGAUGAGAGAUGGAGCUGAUUUCUCAGUUUACAUAAACACUGCACAAGAAUUUGAUUGUUCUGACUCUGGAGCUAAGCCAGAUGAGGCUAUUUCAUGGGGUAAAAUUAGACCAGAAGCCAAGAGUGUCAAAAUCUACGCGGAAACAUCCAUUGUCUUGCCCUUAAUAGUCUCUCAGACCUUUGCUAAGUACCAUGAUGAGGCUAGGAAAGUCAAGGAUACGGAAUAGGUACUAAACAUACUGAAUUCUAGAGCGAUUUAAUUGGAUGAAAUUAUUCAACUCUA